AUGGAUUCUUUACUGUGGGGCGAUGUCAGCCGCAAGGAGUUGACGGAGAAUAUCACUCUACUUUGGUUGUUGAACGAGGAGCCUGAACAGCCAGCGGAAAAUCCUCUGCCACAACACCUUCUGAAAGAAGCGGGGUCGGCCUCCAGGCAAUUAACCAUUGAACGUGAACGUGACCUUGUGGACAGCUUAGCUUUCCUGUCGGCCUCGAGUGAUGAUCCUCGAAAGGUGAUGGCGGUCUGUAUGGAAGAAAAUCAGGACACAGAGAGUUUGACCAUCAGAAUGGCCACAAACGCAGGUGAUCUAGAACCGGUAAAAGAGGGAUUCUUAAGAAUGGCUACUAUAUUAGAGCGAGCGGCGGCCAAAGACAACACAGAUGAGAACAGCAGCGCACUUUUUGAAGAGAUGAUCGCCCUUAAUCGCGGCAGAAUAUAUUCUCGACUGAGGUCUAGGCAUGCAAAACGAUCUAGAAGAAAUCAUAAUAAGCCUCCAAUUGUCGUUCAAUUAGCCAAGGCCGCCUCGGCAUUAUCGCCGCUCACCACGACACGACUCGUCCCAAGGGUUGAUCUCAAGACUCUCCACUCACAGGUGGAGGAGCUGCAGCGCUUGUUCAGGCAACUGGAAGCUAUGACGGAGAAACAAGCGACAUCGCAGAAAAGCCACAAGAUUCUCAUAAGUCUACUGAAGUGUGCUCAUUCGCUUGCUUCACAGAACGACCUCAGGAAGCUCUUUGUGAAGGCGAGUUUACCGUUAGCUAUUGGCAAACUCGGGCGUUACUAUUCCACGUGCAGCUUUCUCAUUGUCGCCGCGCGGAGAUUAUCGAUUUUCAGAUCCGUCCGAGUGGAGAGCGUUAGGCUACCAUUGCCAGCUUCGCCGCCAAUAUCGAUCGCCCAAUCUAAAUCUACUCUCCCUGGCACCUUAGAUCGAAUCCUUGAGCCGCAAACGGAGAGAUGGACACAAAGAUGGGCUAGUUCAAUUGCUCCAGCGGAGGCCAAGUUUUGCAGGCAGAUGGCCGCAUCUCCCAAAACUUACAAGAUUCAUGCUGAGAUUCAACUCCUUUUUUACUACGAAAUGCACCCUGAAAUCAUGCGGCCUAGAGUAAUCUGCUCCAGCAAGAGCGCGUGCUUUCUUUGCGACCUGUUCGUUAAGAUUCAUGCAAAAUUCUACGUAGCGAGAACCCAUGGAGUACUUUACGACAGAUGGAUACUACCGGAUCAGGGAACCAUUCAUCUCUUUGGGAAGGGCGUCAAAGACAUGACCAGGGUUGUGGAACGAUUCAAAGCAACUCUUGAAGACAGAAUUAGAUUGACUCUACCGCUGCUUAGGAUGCCACGCUUCCACCCGAACGAAAGCGUAUUAGUAGAGCCCGCUAUUUGGACUCCGUCGGCCGUUUCUCUGGCUUCCAACACCGCUUCACAAGUCAUCUCAGCAAUGCUUAACUCAGAGGCAUGUCUCAAAAACCAACCAGACACGAUGGGUGACAUCGAAGCAUUCAGGAGUGGUCCAACCACUUCCACGAACGCAGAUCUGGCUGCCGUUGGAAGAUGCUGGAGCUCAACCGAUCGGACGUUGUCCGGGCCAAAGCUAGGAAACGGCGGGUGCUCUGAUCUUUUGACUUCUGCGUCAAGCAUAGAUAUGCCGGCAAGGGAUCCCGAGGGUUCGUUGGAGCCCAGAGGCCGACAAGAUGGAAUCAUCAAUAGUGAUAUCAGGCAGGCAAGCCCUACGUCACCAUACCUCUUUGAUAGGCCAACAUACGUAUCUUCCAAGUCACCCAGAUCCAUCCCUCGGGAUGGAUCUGUAUCCAAACUUCCCGUAGGAGACAAAGCACAGUGGGACUUCACCGAUCACAAUAACCCAAGAUCUAGUGCAUCCGUUCAAAGCUUAGACCUUUCGAGGCCAAUAAUGUAUCCUGACGCUGUCGCACCAAAGUACGAGCCUCUUACUCAAGGAACGUGGAUUGAAAGAGAAUUGCCAACAGGUGGACCACCCGUGAAACUAAGCACAAAACUCAUCCAUAUCACUCUGUCCAGGGACUGGGCUGGGAUGACUCACAAAUCAGCUACUACAGAAGGCCAACAGAAUUUACAGGAAAGCUUGGGAUCGGAAGGGGUUUAUCUGGUGAAGGUCAAAUGGCUGGGACCUGAAGAAGAACCUAAAAGAAGCAGCGAGCAAAGGACGAACAUUGUAGAUCUGGAUGAGAUGGAUGAGACUCUAGAGGAGACGUUGAGCCACGGAGCAGCGAGUUCAUCUACGGAACUGUACAUUUAUCGUCGGAAUGACAUGAUUGCCAUCAAAUUCAUCCUGAAAGAAUAG